AAGGCGUGCAACAACUGCGGCGUGAUUGGCCACCUGGCCGGCGCGUGCCCGGACCCGGCGCAGUGCCACGCGUGCGGCUCGACGGCGCACGUCGUCGCCGACUGCCCCAACCGCGACAAGACCUGCGACAUCUGCGGGCGCGUCGGCCACCUUAGGGCCAAGUGUCGGCAGGUCAAGCGCUGCAACAACUGCGGCGUGGUUGGCCACCUGGCGGGCGCGUGCCCGGAGCCGGCGCAGUGCCACGCGUGCGGCUCGACGGCGCACGUCGUCGCCGACUGCCCGCACACCGACGAGACUUGCGACAUCUGCGGUCGCGUCGGGCAUCUCGCCGUCAAGUGCAGGCGCGAU